GCGGCGGGUGAACGCCUUUGCUCCUCAAUCCGCAAUACUAUCGUGGAAACCUAUGUGAAAAUGCUUUUUUAAAUACUGUGCGUUUCCAUUUUUAAAUUUCCCGCCAUAUUCGAAUUUAUUUGUAAAAGGAGCAGAUUAACAUCGAUAAUUUGGGCGGAAGGUGAAUCUCGUCUAACAUGACCUAGUGCCCCAUGACUGUGGCGCACCCCUUACGAACGCGCUCGCCGACCUGACACGCACACAACGACGAUCAGAAUGCUGCCUCGCUGGGUUGUGUGGUGCUGCGUGGUACUGCUAGCGCGACCGGCGCACCCACAAGGCGCACAACAGUGUCCUGCGCCUAAUGCGAUCGCGCCUUGCACCUGCUCGGUCAAGAAGAAUGGCCUGGAUAUCCUCUGCGAGUUCACUGAACAGCAGCACAUCCAGAAGGCGAUGAAUACGCUGCGCUCGAAGCCAAUGAUAAUAUUUUACCUGAAACUUCGUCAUAACAAUUUGGCAAAACUUCCCUCAUACAUAUUCCUCGGAUUGGAUAUACGACAUUUGACUGUUCACAACAGUACCCUGGCCGUUAUUGAAGAUUCAUCUCUGAGCUCUAUUGGAAACAAGUUAACACAGCUGGAUGUUUCUCAGAAUAGAUUGGCGACCAUACCGACCUCGUCCUUCACUCAUUUGAACCAUCUAUUAAUUCUGAAUAUGAAUCACAAUAAGGUGACCGCCGUUCAUAAUAAAGCUUUCCUGGGUCUGGAUACAUUGGAAAUUUUAACCCUCUACGAAAACAAGAUUUCUGUUGUUGACGGCGAAGCUUUUAAAGGAUUAGAAAAGAAACUAAAGCGUCUGAACUUGGGCGGGAAUGAACUUACGGCGGUUCCGCAGAAAGCUCUCGCAUUACUGGAAAAUUUGAAGAAACUCGAGAUGCAAGAGAAUCGGAUUACAUCUAUUUCGGAGGGUGAUUUCGCUGGUCUGAGGAGUCUAGAUUCUCUAGGAUUAGCCCACAAUCAGUUACGAGAGGUACCAGCCCAAGUGUUCUCACAUCUCAACUUCCUGAACUCUUUGGAACUUGAAGGAAAUUUGAUUCAACGUAUUGAUGAAAAGGCCUUUGUCGGACUCGAAGAAAACUUACAAUAUCUACGUCUCGGUGACAAUCGGCUCCAUGAGAUUCCGUCGGAAGCACUUCGGCCAUUGCACCGUCUUCGCCACUUGGAUCUUCGCUCCAAUAACAUCACUUACAUCAGUGAAGAUGCAUUUACAGGCUACGGCGACUCGAUCACAUUCCUUAACUUGCAAAAGAAUAUGGUUCAUCAACUGCCAACAAUGGGUUUCGACAAUCUCAAUUCAUUAGAGACGCUGAAUCUGCAAAAUAAUAAGCUGCAACACAUCCCCGAAGAGAUCAUGGAGCCGAUACUGGAUACGCUGCGAGUCGUUGAUAUUAUGGAUAACCCUCUAAUUUGCGACUGCGAUCUUGCAUGGUACGAGGCCUGGCUGUCCGGUCUCAGAGACAGGGACGACGAAAUGAUGCAAAAAAAACGAACUGUCUGCACCAUGGCUAACGAGCACCGAGAGUACAGCGUCGCUAAAAUGCCACUCGAGAAAAUGAACUGCAAACGAAAACCAGGUUACGGGCCAUCGAGCGCUUCGAACACUUGUCCCAUCUUUGUAAUCAACUUCAUCGUUCUCGCUGCAAGAGGUCUCUAGUAAGUCAAUUUAUCCCUAAUCUAAUCCUUUCAUUUAGGUCCCGCGAAGUGCCAAAUCGGCCUAGCUGUGGCCGGAUAGACCGAUACGCGCACUUCGCAAAAGGUGAUCAAUGUGUGCAAUAAACAUAUACAUAUCAAUUUUUGGGCUGAAUAUUGUAGUCUUUUGGAAUGGCAACUUGUGAUAUGAUGGCAAGUUUUUGCGAGUGAUACAUUUUUACUGCGUGUUGUACGCCUUAUGUAGUGAACAACUAAGGAGGUUGUCUAAAUCGGUGUUAUGUGGAGAUUUGUGAUGCCAUGAGCUAAACUGUCGCGUUUUUCGUCACAUUAAUUCCAAAUAUAAAUCUUCUUGUAUUUUUUAUCAUUUACUCCUUUAUAAAUUUAUCGUAAGCUUUUGUGCAUUUACCAUGUUGACUAUUACGAUAUCGUAUUAUAUCUAAGUACCCUAGGGGCUCAAGAAUCUUGACAUACCCUCUUAAUUAUAAAAACUAAACUCGGAUGAUUACAACUGAAUGCGUCUUCUAUUGACACAGAGUGAAUACAAUUUGAAAGACAAGGACAAGAACAUUAAUUUGUUUUGUAAUUUUACUAAUUUAGUUUUUAUAAAUAAGUGGGUAGACAUUUAAAAUAUUUACCUUCAAAUUGCGCUACCUCUUGUUUAUUCAUUAUGUUUAAGAGCCCCAUGUUCUUGAUGUAGCUUAGAAUUAAAUUUGUAGGUAAGUGUUAGAUAAUUCUGAGUAAAUUAUAAUUAUUGCUGUUGAUAGGUUAAAAUUAUGUAGCUUAUAAAAGUUAUUCGUUACCACGCUAAUCUUGCGCCAAAGUUUCGGAAAAUUUACAGCGUGAUUUAAUUUUCUUAUUAUGUUUAAGCUUUAAGACACUCAAUCGCUGAGGUUUUCAGUUCCUGAAUUUAUUAGUUGCAUAGUUAUUUUUGUAUUAUUUCACUAAGCAUAAUUAACUAGAUGAUAGAAUAGUAAUAAAUGUGACUGCAAACGAUGAAAGUUUAGUAAGACACUGAUGUUUGCGGACGUUUGUCAAAAUCAAAAUUUAAAUAAAAUUUCACGUGAUAAUCGUAACAUAUCCCCUAGUCUGAUAAAAAUUUAUAUGAAUAUUUCGAUAUACAAGUGUUGAUUCGAGUAGAAAAAAUCAUAUAGCGUUUUCAGUAUAUAACACAAAAGCUCGAGCGAAUAUUUCCAAAUGAAAUUAUACAAAAGUGUAUGACGCCUGACAGACGCGAGAUUGAAUACCGAAUUUGUAUUCUUUUGACAGGCGUUUAUACAUAUAGUCAUUAAGAUAUAUUGAAUUUUAUUAUAUCGCACUUUUAAAUCAGUAGCACCAAGAGCGGAGUCAAAGUAACCUGAUUAGUGUAAUCAAUUCGUAAAUCGAUUUUGCAUGUUUAUUCGUAAUUCCAGUUUUUCGAUAUCUAAAUGUCGUGUUUAUCUGUAUAAGGAGAUGUCGACUAUAUGUCAAGUUAAAUUAAUCUCCUAAUCUGACGCAAGUUAAAAUACUCAAAUAUUAUUUCACAUCCCAUGUACGUAUGAAUUAGUAAGAGCAAUUUGUAAUGAUUGCAAAUCUUAAAAAGUUCGUAGGCGCACAAUUUGACGUCGUUCUCAAUCGAUGCACCGGUGCAUUGUACUCUGAAAUCACUCUUAUUCAGAAAUUAAAUCAGUCUAUCACAUUGUUUUACUAUUUAAAACAGUGUAAUUAGAGUAAUUUAGUUUUAAAGCAAAAUUUGAAAUUGCGCUAAAGUAAGUCAUCAAAUUCCUAAUGGACCUUAAAUUGCAUAUCAAUUAGAUGUAAGAUUUAUAUAUAUUUAGUCGUCUAUCGUAUAUUCACUGUUAAUCAUUGUUGUGAGCGCUUAAAUAUAUAAAUGUGUGUUAUAUGUGUGUGUUCCUUGAGCAAUAAAUUUUAAGAACCGAAUACAAAACCCAGUAUUCAAAUAUAUAUUUUGUGAAGG